GCGAUCGAAAUAGAGAGUAUUAUGAAUACUCGCCCAUUAACUUACGUGAAUUUUGAUGAUUCAAUAAUUUUACGUCCUGUGGAUUUUAUUUCCCCCAAUGCCUUACUAAAUAUACCAAUGAGUAAUAACAGUGAUGAUGAUGAAUUUAUUCCACAUGAGUUAACCACUUAUGAUAAGCUUAUUAAAUAUUGGUCAAAAACUCUUGAAACUCUUGAUGUAUUUUGGGAAAUUUGGAAAGAUGAGUACUUAAAUAGUUUAAGGGAACGUACACAAAUAAAACACAAAUCUCCUAGAAGCGCAAUAAUACGACCACCUUCCCUAGGAGAAAUCGUACUAGUAAAUGAACCACAUAUCCCUCGCGGAAUGUGGAAACUGGCAAAGAUAAAUAAACUUAACAAGAGUAGCGAUGGAAAUGUCAGGAGUGUUCAGAUAGAAUUUUGGGAAACUUCUCAAUAG